UACCAAUAACUCCGUUUAGCCUCAUACUUAGCAGGAUACAUCAUCUGAUUCUUAGGGUUGUUUCUGUUUCUUUGAGGCUUAAAGUCGUUUGGCUCCAGCUAUUACUGAUUAUCGGACAUCCAAUUUUUUACACAGCCAUCAAACUCAGAGGGCACCGAGCACAUCCAACAUCUUUUGUGAUCUGUGGUUAACGGACGCAAUCGCAUCAUGGCUCAAAGGUUCAGUGAUCCAUCAUCAGUUUUAAUGGAUUUAAUCAGGAAAAGUGACAAUGUGAGAGAAGGCCCACCAGCACUGUAUCGUCUUAAAACAACAAGGAGUAAUCUAGACAAGGAUGGCAAGAUCAGAAAGUGGACCUUUGGACUGAAAUGUGCCAACAUGCAAAACAAAACAGUCCUGAUUGUGGGAGAAACCGGAACAGGCAAGACCACUGUGAUCAACACCAUGAUCAAUUACUUUCUGGGGGUGAAGUUUGAGAAUAAACUGUGGUUCGAGAUCACAGAAGAAGUAAAGAAAGAUCAAACAGAAUCUCAAACAUCGGAAAUUACUGCUUACGAGAUCUUUUCUGAGGAGAAACUCUCCUCUCUUACCAUCAUUGACACUCCAGGUUAUGGAGACACCAGGGGAAUAGAUAAGGACACUGAAAUCGCUCAAAACUUACAUAGCUUAUUUCUGCAUGAGACUGGAGUGAAGGAUCUUGACGCUGUGUGUCUUGUACUGAAGGCAUCUCAGAACAGGAUCUCAGAGUUUCAACGCUACAUUUUCGAAGCAGUUCUGUCCUUAUUUGGUAAAGACAUAGAGGACAUUGUAGUCCUGUUUAUCACACACUCAGAUGGAUUAGUUCCAAGAAAUGCUCUGGACGCUGUCAAGAAAGAAGAGAUCCCCUGCUGUUAUAGUGAGAAUGAACCUGUUUAUUUCCUGUUCAACAACUGUCAGUCUGAGAGACAAAAAGAUACAAAACAGAAAAAAGCAUCUCAGCGAGUGUUCAAAUCAUCUUGGGAAAUGGGGGAAGAGAGUAUGGAGGAUUUUUUUGAAUCCCUAAAAUCACAACAGAGAAAAAGCAUAACUAUGACUCUAAGUGUUCUAGAGAAACGUGCGCAAGUUGAGGCCUGUGUUCAGAGUUUGAAGGAAGGCAUUGAGUUCACAGAGUUGAAACAGAUCGAACUGAAUGAAGUUCAGGACAAACUAAAACAGCACAAACGAGCAAUUCAGAAGAAUGGAAAGUUUUCUUUCACCAUAAAGAUUGCUUGCAAAGAAAUAGUCAACAGUGGUUAUAUGUUUGACCGAAAAGUAACCCGCUGCGAUAAGUGUAAGGAGAACUGCCAUCAGUAUUUCUGCUGGUGGGCCGGAAGUGCUGAGGACUGCAAAGUGAUGAAAAAUGGCUACUGCACUGUGUGCAAGUGCCACUACAGCAAACAUAAGAAAGAGGGCAAGAAAUAUGUAACAACGAUGAAAGAGGAAGUAGUCACAUUUGAAGACCUGAAAAAUAAAUAUAUUAAUAAACAUGAGGGGGAGGUCACUUAUGACAAAAGAACAUUCCAAACUGUGGCAACAGGGCUGAAAGAAGAGGAGGAGAUGACAAACCUAGAACGCAGCCUGAAACAGCUCCUGGCUGAGAAUGAAGAACAGAAGAAAAUCUUGGUGAAAGAGGCCUAUGAGGCAAUCAUGAAACUGUCUGAUAUUGCAUUAAAACCCAACUCUGCGUUUACUCUUCUGCACCUUGAGUUCUUGAUUCCUCGAGUUGAAGAAGCUGGAAAAGCAGAGUGGGCUCAGAAACUGAAGGACAUGCAGAAAGAGACAACCAAACAAUCAACUCACUCUGUGUUUAAGGUUUUACAGAUGAUGAAGGGUGGCAUAAAUGCGGUGGGUACUGGGUUCAGUACCUUCUUUGGGGGUAUCAUGUCUUCCCAGGGGAGACACAAUAGUAGUGCUAAAUAACAAAUUGAAUGGAAGACAGGCUAAUGUCAAUUAUGACUCUCUAUUAGAUGAGAUCUUUGCUGAGGGAGGGUCUUGAUUGUCCUCUGAACUUUAAAUAUGUUUUUCAUCUUGGAAUAUCGUGCUUAUAUCUUGUUGCAGUGAUACAGAAUUCAGUUGUUGUGAGGCCAUCAUAGGUGUGACCAAUUAAUUGCUGCCCUCAUUAUCAACGUGUAUGCACUUUUUCCUAUCAUUCUUUUUUUUUACAUUCCCUCCUUUGUUAAAUAAUUCUUGCUUGUUCGUCUCCAAAGGCUACAUUGAGCUAUGCCAUACAUGCCGUCUACACCAAACCCUAAAUACAAUAGAGCCUAAUCUAUCUGUUUAUUUCUGUUACAUGAUGCUCUGCCAUCAAUAUACUAGCUAAUAAUAAGCUUUCUUAUGAUUGUGUGGUAUAUAGAUUCUUCUUCUUCUUCUUCUUCUUCUUCUUCUUCUUUCGGCUGCUCCCUUUAGGGGUCGCCACAGCGGAUGACCUGCCUCCAUCUUGCCCUAUCCAUUGCAUCCUCUACUUUCACACCAACCAUC